UCAAAGAAAGGCUAAAAGUUGUUUAAACCAUCAACAGUUUAUGUGCCCAUGGAGAGAAGUUGCCGAUACUAGCGCUGAAAUUAUAAGCUAAAGAACCUAAUUUACGCUUCUUCCCCUCAUCGUUAAAAAGUACUUAAAGAUGGGUAAGGGUUCCAUCUUGUGAGUAACACACAACUUCCACCCUUUUCAUCAAAUACAAAAUGACGAUCACAGAUGAACGACCAUUCAUCAGCAUCAAUGAGAUGCUUGAUUAUCGUUUCAAGGAGAAUGCAAAUGACGAUCUAGUGACUUUUGCCAUUCCUGCUCUGGAAGGUGAGAAAGGUGCAAUGGAAUAUGAAACGACAACAUUUUCACAAUUCAACACAUACGUCAAUUGGGCUACAUACACAUUAUCAAAACAAUUUCCACCUCGUAAGAUCGGAAAGCCAUUGCGAGUUGUAGGAUUAAUUGCUAGGACAGACUUGGAUUCGUACGUCAACUUAUUCGCACUUUUUCGUUUAGGUCAUGGCGCUUUGAUUCUUUCACCCAAUAAUUCGGUAGAAGGAAUAAUUCAUUUGAUCAAAAAGAUGUCUUGUCGGGACAUCAUAUAUCAACAAGAUAGCAAAGAGACAGUAAAACAAUUGCAAGAAGAAAUGAACUUGACCACAACUUUAUGGAUAAUGAUUAAUGAUAUGAAAGGUCAAACAGCGCCAGAAAUUGUUCGAUCGGAAUUGACAUACGAAGAAGAAAGUGAUGAUUUUUGCACAAUUUUACAUUCUAGCGGAUCCAGCAAUCUACCCAAACCAUUACCCAUGACUCACAAAGCAUGGUGUAGGAAUAUGUACGGAGUGGAAAUGGGUGGCGCUUCAGUUUUUCCUUUUAGUCAUUUCUCUGGCGUUCAAAGCUUUUUCCUUUCUUUCCAAACCAGGCGUACAUCAAUGAUGAUGUCAUCCAGAGUGCCUUAUACAUCGCCAAAUCUAGUGCAUCUUAUCGAAACUUCCCUUAAAGCUGGCUCACCCGAACUUCUUUGCGUUCCAUUGACGUUAAAAUUACUCUCUGAAGCUCCAAAUGGUUCAAAUUUACUCGCACAAUAUCAAUAUGUCGGAUUUGCCGGAUCCGUUUGUCCUAAACCUUUGGGAGACAAAUUAGUAAAAGCAGGUGUGAAUCUUAUCACCUUUUAUGGAGCAAAAGAGACUGGCUUUUGUAUGAGCUCGUUGCGUGAUUUUGAAAGGGAUAAAGGCUGGGAUAUAAUGCGACCUAGAGGAAAUUUUGCCGACUUUGCACGAUGGGAAAAGCAAGAUGACGAUGAAGAUGUAUUCGAAUUGGUUGUGGAAAAGGGUUGGCCUCCACUCUCAGCUGCAAAUCGACCGGAUGGAGCAUUUGCAACCAGUGAUUUGUAUACCAAACAUCCAACUAUUCCAAACGGUUUUCAUUAUAUUUCAAGAAAGGAUGAUUCACUCGUUCACGUUCAUGGUAAAAAGACGAAUCCCAUACUGAUUGAAAUGGAUCUUCGUUCUUCUCCUUUGAUAAAAGAUGCAAUGGUGUUUGGCGCGAACAAAAUGCAAACAGGAUGUUUGAUCAUACCAAAAAAUGAUGAUCUGACAAUCGAAGGUUUAUGGGAUGCAAUCAGUCUUGCCAAUAAACGUGCUCCUACUUGGUCUCGGUUAGAGAAAGAGAUGGUUGUUGUUUUGCCGUCCAGUGAAACAUUCGUAAUGACGGAUAAAAAGUCUUUGAUUCGUGUAAAGACGACCAAAAAAUUUGAGAGCUUGAUCGAAGAAAAAUACAGCAAUAUUGAACACAGUUCUCAGAAGCAUGCAGUAGAUCAAGUCAAGCUUAGCACUUCUUCCCAAGCACUUUCCGUUGUACAGACAAUCGUUUCCGAGGUCAUGAAAGAUCAGAUUACUCAUCUUGGCUCGAUCAAAGAGGACGACGUUUUAUUCGAUAAAGGCUUAGAUUCUUUAGCCGUGAUGAAGAUUGGUAGCUUGAUUCGUAGUCGUAUCCAAUUUCCUACCGGAGUAGAGGCAGAUGAAACGGCAGCAUUUCAUCAUCCAACUAUUCGUACCUUGGCAGAAUAUCUGUACGGCUUAUCUUCCGGUGGAAGUAUGGGAAAUGGACAUGAUGAAAGUCUACAAUCAUUAGACACAAUGCGUCAAUUGCUCAAUAAAUAUACCCAACAGAUCGAGACACGAUCAAGCUCUACUGAAAACCAAGGCAGGAAAGGAACCGACACAAUCCUUUUGACUGGCGCAACGGGUUCUCUUGGAGCACAUUUGCUUUCCAUAGCCGCACAAAGGCAGAAUGUUGAAACAGUCAUCUGUUUAUGUCGAGCAAAAACAAAUGAAGAAGCUCAAGCGCGGGUCAAUGAAUCCUUGACUGAAAGAAGAUUGCCUUCCGUGCAAAGUCUUGCUAGCAGGUGCAACAUUAUUUGUUUAAGUUCCGACCUGGCGAAGAAUCACCUGGGUCUCACUUUGGAGAUGUACAAGACAGUAUUGCAAAGUGUCACCUCGAUCAUACAUGCAGCCUGGCCAGUGAAUUUUAGCAUGGGAGUGACUGCUUUCGAGUCUUCCUUGCAAGGUUGCGUGAGCUUGAUCAACGUGUCUUCAAGGUCAUCACUUGCACAGCCGCCACGACUACUCUUUUGUUCGUCUAUCGCUGCUGCUGCUCUUCAUCAUUCAAGCAAAACGCAAGAUGCUGUUAUGGAAGAGCUAUCAAUUGAACCAGAAGAUGCAGUUCCAAACGGUUAUGGGCGUUCGAAAUGGAUUGCAGAAGCUUUACAUGAUGCUGCAACAGCAAAGAUUCCAAAUUUGAAUUCAAAGAUUGUUCGAAUCGGACAGCUUUCUGGUGACAUAGUCCAUGGCAUUUGGAACGAAAAAGAAGCUUAUCCUCUCUUGAUCAAAACAGCUCAAACGAUUGGAUGCCUACCAAAUUUGUCAAAUCACCAACUUUAUUGGCUACCCGUAGAUGUUGCAGCAGAAAUGAUUGUUGAAGUUGCAAUGCAAGGUGAAAAAGGAACUCGUGUUGUUCAUGUUGCAAGUAAGGAUAUCACAGACUGGAGUAAAAUUCUUCUUGCCGUUCGUAAUGCUUAUCCCCAAGUACGAGAAGUACCCCUUGAGAAAUGGCUAGAAGAGUUACGUACCGCUAAAGAUCAAGAUCCCACAUCAAAUCCAGCGAUUAAGCUGUUGGAUUAUUAUUCUUCUUCUUGGUCAAGUGGAAGUGAAGGGGGAAUUCCCAAGUUUGAUACAUCCUACACAAAUAAACUUCUUGCUUCUAAACCACAAAUCUUGAAGCAUACGGGAGCACUUUCACAAGAUAAUUUGAUAAAGAUGGUUUCCGCAUGGCAACAAAAUGGAUUCUUGGUUCACGCUUUGUGAACUACAAUUCAAUCUCUACGAUAAUAAGCAGCAUGGUUAACAGCCAUGAAUUUUCCAAGAAGAUCUUUUGCUGCUUUAAGUAAAGUCUUAUGGUGCAAAUGAUGAAAACCAAGAUCUCUUGCUUUUUGUUCAAGUACAGCUGCUUCUUGAUGCAUAUUUCGUGAAAUCAAACUUUGAUCGCUAUACGUACUACUCAUAUCUCGAGUUGAACGAAGCAUGGCAUGGUGAAGCAUUCGGUCGUAUAAUGCUUUUCGUUCAGC